UUCUGUAACUGUUCUCUCUCCUCUCUCUCUCUAGAUUGGCCGUUAGAAGUUCCCAUUCCGGCGAACUAUGUAAAACCUCGCCGGAAAAUCUCCUCCGACGCCGAUCAAUACUCUCGAGUUCAAGCAUUGAUUUACAGAAAUGGAUGAACAAUCAAGGAAGUGGAUGGUUUUAGUAUCGAGUACAUGGAUUCAAGCAUUUACAGGAACAAACAUCGAUUUCUCAUCAUAUUCAUCAAAUCUGAAAUCAGUUAUGGAAAUAUCGCAGUUACAACUUAAUUACUUGGCUGUUGCGUCAGAUAUGGGGAAGUUAUUCGGUUGGUGUUCAGGAAUCUUCUUAUUACAUUCACCUCUUUGGAUUGUCUUGUUCAUCGCUGCUUUUAUGGGAUUAUUUGGCUAUGGUCUUCAAUGGCUCGUCAUUAUUAGGGUUAUAUCCUUGCCUUACUUCGCGGUUUUCCUUUUGUGUUUACUAGCUGGCUGCAGCAUAUGCUGGUUCAACACAAUAUGCUAUGUUUUAUGCAUCAAGAACUUCCCAGACAAUAGACCUCUUGCUCUAGCUUUCAGCAUCAGCUUCAAUGGAGUAAGUGCAGCUCUAUACAAUCUCAUAGCAGAUUCAAUCCAAUCCGGAAACUACACUCUUUAUCUUCUCCUCAACGCGAUUAUUCCUCUCAUCAUCUCCCUCAUUUCCGUUCUCCCAAUAAUUCUCCAUCAACCCUCAAAUAUCCAACCACUUUCCUCACAAGCCAUUCGUCGCGAUUCUCUCAUCUUCCUUUUUCUCAACGUUCUAGCUGUUAUAACUGGUCUCUAUCUACUAAUCCUCGACCAAAUUGAAACUACCUCAUCCAUCGCUCGCGCAUUACUCGCUGGAGCGAUAAUUCUCCUUCUUCUCCCGUUGUUUACUCCGUGGAUAAUCCAAACAAGCUCUAUCGGUCGUGGUUCUCCAUCGAGCUUUAACUUGAUUGAUAUGGGUAAUUUUGAUGUUCAUAAGGAGUUGAUAGAAACUAACGAGGGUAUUAAUGACGGGUUUCUUUUGGAAGAGAAGAAAGAGGGGUGUUGUGAUUGUGUCGUGGAGAAAGAUCAAUUGGUGAUGCUUGGGGAUGAGCAUUCGAGUAAGAGGCUUCUUAGUCGAACCGAUUUUUGGCUUUACUAUGUUUCGUAUUUCUGUGGGGGGACUGUUGGAUUGGUUUAUAGUAAUAACAUCGGACAAAUAGCACAAUCGUUGGGGUAUGGUACGAGUACGACCUCCGUUGUUGCUCUUUACUCGGCAUGUUCGUUCUUCGGUCGCCUUCUCUCGGCCACGCCUGACAUUUUGCGAGAUAAGAUGUAUUUUUCGAGGACAGGAUGGCUAGCAAUGUCAAUAGUCCCAUUACCGUUUGCAUUCUUAAUUUUGAUAAUAUCCGGGAGUAAAGUAGUAUUAUGUGUGGCGACCGCGAUUGUAGGGCUGAGCUCUGGAUUCGUGUUCGCCGCGGCGGUGUCUGUGACUUCUGAGUUGUUUGGUCCGAACAGUGCCGGUGUGAACCAUAAUCUUUUGAUAACUAAUAUACCAAUGGGCUCGGUUAUGUUGGGUUUGUUGGCGGCAGUGGUGUACGAUGCAAAUAUACAAGGGUCGAGCUUUUUGAAGGCGAUGUUUGUUGGCGUGGAAACAUCGAUGGUUUGUAUGGGUAGGGGAUGUUAUACGAUGACUUUUGUGGUUUGGGGAUUGUUGUCGAUGUUAGGAAUUUUGAGUAGUUGGUUGUUGUUUGUAAGAACCAAACAUGUUUAUCAUCUUGUCGAAAGAAAAAGAAGUUCAUUUAUCUUUUAUUAAAAGGAGUUUAUAAUAUGACAUUAACUAUUAAUAUAAAAUUGUUGAAUUAUAAUUGUUUAUUUUAA